UUCUUUGGUGAAGAUCGGUUCGAGUUCAGUUUUCGGUGCAACAAAGUAUCUAGCGGGUGGAAAUGCAUUUUCCGGCAUUCGAUGAGUUCUAUCAGCGGUUUCUGUUUCUUUUGCCGUUCGUUGCAAACUUCAAGACGGAAAUCCACUUUGAUUAUGAUGCGCCUGAAACUUGGCAGCUCACCUACCACAACUGUGGAGGUCCCCAACAAUCCCCCAUUGCGAUUAACUCCCGAAAAGUAAUACCCAUUGAUAUACCCCCUCUUGAAUUCGUUCUCUACGACCAGUCAUUUGUCACCCAAGCGAUAAUCAGAAACAAUGGACACACAGCUGAUUUUCAAGUACCGACAACCAAAUUUUACGGCGUUAAACCAUAUAUUACGGGAGGCCUGAUGCUGGACUGCUACGAGGCCGAGGGUGUCCACUUCCACUGGGGCUCUCCGACUAGCAAGGGGUCCGAGCAUGUCCUGAACGGACGACGCUAUGACUUGGAAAUGCAUAUAGUCCACCGAAAUAACAAGUAUCUGACCCUCGAUGAGGCACAGUUGCACAGCGAUGGUAUCGCAGUUCUGGCCGUGCUUUUCAAAGUUGUGAGGGCACCGCCGAUAUUCUACGAAAAUGGACUCCACGAGGUGUUCAGUUCGCUGCUGCACCUGGGAGCGUACAACAGCAGCUACACUCUGCCGGAAAACCUGACACUGGACUCACUGCUGGGCAACUUGAACCGAGGCAACUUCUACACCUACCGCGGCUCGCUGACCACGCCCCUCUGCUCUCCAGUGGUGCUGUGGCACGUGUUCGAGGAUGUGCUGCCCAUAUCGUUCAACGAGCUGCCCAAGUUUUGGCUACUUAGGGAUAAGAGGAAUAGGCCGCUGGUGAACAAUUUUCGACCUCUGCAGCCGCAGGAGAAUCGGGCGAUCUUCUACCGACGUUCAGCUGUGCACCAGUUGCAGCAAGUACAGUAUCGGCAGCAGCUGCUGGAGCUGCCAGAACUGAUUUGGUUAUAGCCGGACGAAUAAAACUUAACGUCUUUAUUUAUAUAUA